AUGUCAAACACGGAUUCGGGUUCUGCGCAGUCGACGGCAGUGGAGGACGACUGGAGUGCGGUGAAGGAUCCAAGCGAGAGACGGAAGAUACAGAACCGCAUCGCUCAGAGGAAAUUCAGAGAUAAGGCUCGCCAAAACAGAGAGGACGCCGAGCGACAAGCUGAGAACGAAAGGCGAGCUGCUGGUGCCUACAGCGCACCCGAGCCUGAAGAGGUGGACAACGCCGAGGAGCCUGGACUCCCAUGGGGCAGCGUGUCUCUGCGGCACGUCAUCAAGACCGGCAAGGCCAGGGAGCAAAGCUCUCGCGAAACGUCGCUUUAUGCGGCGGCGUCCAAGGCAGGUGGAAGCUCGAGGCUGGGACUCCAUCUCAUCGACGAGUACGCUCGAGGCUCUCCUGCGUGGGCGGCUUGGCGAGACCGAAUACCACAGACGCGAUAG